GCAUUAAUUAAUCUUCACCGAUAGCCUUCAUCGCUAGAAAAAAACAAUUUUUGUGUUUGAGAAUUUUAUAUUCAUCAAAAAUUGUUAAAAUAAUAUACAAAAUUUUUAUUACGAAUUAAUGCAAAGUGUUUCACAAACAGCUUAAUUUUUUCUUGAUUUCCUUAAAAUGUUCUAAGUUCAUUUCUUGUAUAAUUUAUUUAUUUUAUUAUUCGUAUUGAAAAGAAACCAAACAUAACCACAAAUAAUGUUAUAACAUUCCACUUACAAAUUGUUAUGAAAUUACUGACAAUGUAUUGUUAUUUUUACAGUUAGCUAAGGACCUUUUGCAUCCGUUACCCGCUGAGGAAAAACGUAAGCACAAGCUUAAACGCUUAGUGCAACACCCAAAUUCAUAUUUCAUGGACGUCAAGUGUCCUGGUUGUUACAAGAUCACAACCGUUUUCAGCCACGCUCAAGGAGUAGUAGUAUGUACGGGUUGCAGCACAAUUUUGUGCCAACCAACAGGUGGACGUGCAAAGCUGACCGAAGGCUGCAGUUUCAGAAAGAAGCCAUACUAAGUCGAUAACAUCAGGCUAUGAGACUUUUUUUUAUGUAAGCUUUCAAACAUCUGCUGAAAAUAAAAUUCCAAGAAAAUUAAAGUGAAAAUCUUUUUAAAUAGAUAGUGUAAAGAAAACAUUUUAUUUAUCUAAGAAACAAUUAAAAGCAUCACUCAAGGAAUCAAC